UCAGUUUGAACACAUGAAUUCUAAGUUUUCUUAUCUUUCAACUUUCCCUUCUCAUGGAGGAUUUGUUCAGCAAUUUGCCAGAUGAAGUUCUAAGAUCCAUAGUUUCUUUUCUGCCAAAUGAAUCAAUGCUACAAACCAGCCUCAUAUCCAUUAGGUGGAGAGACUUGUGGAACCAAGUUCUUGUCAGACAUGGAACCACACAAGAUGUAGCAGCUGCUGUUGUUCAAUUUCUGGCUCGUUUUGAAGACCAUGAUCCACUAAAACAUCCACGCAAGCUUCAAUUUCACUCUGCUCAACACACUGCACUCUUUGCAUCCAUUGCAGCUGACAACAAGCUUCUUCUUGAUUUCCCUGCUGGGAACAAACACCUUGAGAGAAACUAUGAACUUCACUUCAUUCUCAACAAGGAUCACAUCACACACCACACUUUCCACCCCACUUUCAUUGUCAAAACUCUCUAUUUGAAAGCGGUGAGUCACUUGGCAAGUUCGGUGGUUUCCUCCAUCGUUUCAAGUUUGGAGCAGCUUGAGAAGUUGGUGAUUGUUGAGUGCACUGGCUUGCAGUCUUUGUCCAUUGAAUCUGAAUCAAAGCUUCAGAAGUUAACCGUAUUAGAUUGCCCCCGGUUGAAGUUUCUCCAUCUUAGAACUUCUAAGCUUAAAAAUUUAACAUACAGUGGACCUCUUCCAAGGAUUUGGCCAGAAUCUCAUUUCAACCUGAGCCAUGCCAUGCUUGAUUUUAGACAAGGACCAAAUUGUUCUGACUUUAAGGCUCGAGAUUUCAAUCAGACUCUGUUAACAAUAAAGAAUUGUGAAACUCUAACUCUGUGUGAGUGGACUUUUGAGACAUUGGUAUGACCAUCGAUUUCUCCAACUGGGAACUUCAUAUUCUAUAAGAUACGAAAGCUAUGGUGGAUUCACAAUUAUAAGGCUGAAAACAGCAUCGAUGCCUUGGUCUGCUUUUUGAAAUUAUGCCCUGCCUUGGAGCAACUUUUUGUGACGAAUGAUUCUACAAGUUAUUCAACUCUGGAGACCAAAUCAAGUUUAACACAAGCAAGUAAAUAUACAAAAUUGGAACAUCUGAGAGGGAUAAAGUUUGCGGGAUUUGUAAAUAGAGUUGAUGAAAUUUCAGUAGCAAAAAUAAAGUUUGCGGGAUUUGUAAAUAGAGACAUCAGAUGGGACUUACUUUGAUAUUUUGAUGCAGUGAUUGUUUAAGGAAAAUCAUA